ACGCCCGGAGGAGCCCUCGGCCCGCUGGGGACGCGGCGGAGGUUGGCAGGCGACGCGGGCCCGCGGGUCCAGGAAGCAGGGAUUGAUGUCGACCUGGACCAUUAUAGAAAACUGGAAGUCUUAAGAAGAGGAUUUACUACCCUCUUUGGAUUACACUGAAACUCAGCAAAGAUGGCCACGUAUGGAGAACACGAGGCCAGGCCAGAUGACGGGCAGAAUGAGUUCAGUGACAUCAUUAAGUCCAGAUCUGAUGAACACAAUGACGUGCAGAAGAAGACUUUUACCAAAUGGAUUAAUGCACGAUUUUCAAAGAGUGGAAAACCACCCAUUAAUGAUAUGUUCACAGACCUCAAAGAUGGAAGGAAGCUCCUGGAUCUUCUGGAAGGCCUCACAGGAACAUCACUGCCGAAGGAACGUGGCUCCACAAGGGUCCAUGCUUUAAAUAAUGUCAACAGAGUGCUGCAGGUUUUACAUCAGAACAAUGUGGAUUUAGUGAAUAUAGGAGGAACUGACAUUGUUGAUGGAAAUCACAAACUGACUUUGGGAUUACUUUGGAGUAUCAUUUUGCACUGGCAGGUAAAGGAUGUCAUGAAAGAUGUCAUGUCAGACUUGCAACAGACAAACAGUGAGAAGAUCUUACUGAGCUGGGUGCGCCAGUCUACUAGGCUAUACAGCCAGGUCAACGUCCUCAACUUCACCACCAGCUGGACAGAUGGACUUGCCUUUAAUGCCGUGCUCCACCGACACAAACCUGAUCUCUUCAGCUGGGAUAGAGUUGUCAAAAUGUCCCCAAUUGAGAGACUUGAACAUGCCUUCAGCAAAGCUCAAACUUAUUUGGGAAUAGAAAAGCUGUUAGAUCCUGAAGAUGUUGCUGUUCAGCUUCCUGACAAGAAAUCCAUAAUUAUGUAUUUAACAUCUUUGUUUGAGGUGCUUCCUCAGCAAGUCACUCUAGAUGCCAUCCGUGAAGUAGAGACACUCCCAAGGAAAUACAAGAAAGAAUGUGAAGAAGGAGAGAUUAGUAUACAGAGCUCAGCACUGGAGGAGGAGCAUGAGAGUCCCGGAGCCGAAACCCCUAGCACGGUCACCGAGGUUGACAUGGAUCUGGACAGCUAUCAGAUAGCGCUGGAGGAAGUGCUGACCUGGCUGCUUUCCGCCGAGGACACUUUCCAGGAGCAGGAUGACAUUUCUGAUGAUGUGGAAGAAGUCAAAGACCAGUUUGCUACCCAUGAAGCUUUUAUGAUGGAGCUGACAGCACACCAGAGCAGUGUGGGGAGUGUCCUACAGGCAGGAAACCAGCUGAUAACACAAGGAACUCUGUCAGAUGAAGAGGAAUUUGAGAUUCAGGAACAAAUGACCCUGCUAAAUGCUAGAUGGGAGGCACUUAGGGUGGAUAGUAUGGACAGACAGUCCCGGCUGCACGAUGUGUUGAUGGAGCUACAAAAGAAGCAGUUGCAGCAGCUGUCCGCCUGGUUAACGCUCACAGAAGAACGCAUUCAAAAGAUGGAAACUUGCCCCCUGGAUGAUGAUUUAAAAUCCCUACAAAAGCUGCUGGAAGAUCAUAAACAUUUGCAAAAUGAUCUUGAGGCUGAACAGGUGAAGGUAAAUUCACUAACGCACAUGGUGGUGAUUGUUGAUGAAAAUAGUGGUGAGAGCGCCACUGCUGUUCUCGAAGAUCAGUUACAGAAACUUGGUGAACGCUGGACAGCAGUGUGCCGUUGGACCGAGGAACGUUGGAAUAGGUUACAAGAAAUCAAUAUGUUGUGGCAGGAAUUAUUAGAAGAACAGUGCUUGUUGAAAGCUUGGCUAACUGAAAAAGAAGAGGCUUUAAAUAAAGUCCAGACGAGCAACUUCAAAGACCCAAAGGAACUAAGUGUCAGCAUUCGACGACUGGCUAUUUUGAAGGAAGACAUGGAAAUGAAACGUCAGGCAUUGGAUCAGCUAAGUGAGAUUGGCCAGGAUGUGGGUCAAUUACUUGAUAAUCCCAAGGCAUCCAAGAAGAUCAACAGUGACUCGGAGGAACUAACUCAGAGAUGGGAUUCUUUGGUUCAGAGACUAGAAGAUUCCUCCAACCAGGUGACUCAGGCUGUGGCAAAACUGGGGAUGUCCCAGAUUCCUCAGAAGGAUCUUUUGGAGACCGUCCGCGUAAGAGAACAAGUAACUACAAAAAGAUCUAAGCAAGAACUGCCGCCGCCCCCUCCCCCAAAGAAGAGACAGACUCCUGUGGAUGUCGAAGCUAAGAAAAAGUUUGAUGCUGUAAGUGCAGAGCUGUUGAACUGCAUUGUGAAAUCAAAGACUGGCAUUCAGGCUGCAGAGAUGAAAGGGUAUAAGAAGAUGCAAGAGACUUCAGAAAUGAAAAAGAAGUUGAAGGGAUUGGAAAAAGAACAGACGGAAAGAAGCCCCAGACUGGAUGAAUUAAACCAAACAGGACAAAUCCUUUUGGAGCAAAUGGGGAAAGAGGGUAUUCCUACGGAAGAAAUAAAAACUGUGCUGGAGAAGGUGUUCUCAGAAUGGAAGGAUGUGUCUCAGCGUUUAGAAGAUCUGGCAAGAAAGAUUCAGCUACAGGAAGAUAUAAAUACUUACUUUAAGCAGCUUGAUGAGCUCGAAAAGACCAUAAAGGCAAAAGAGGAGUGGCUAAAACAAACUUCCUCCCAGCAACCCAUGCUGAGUUUGAAGGACCCCUGUCAGCGGGAACUGAUAGAUCUGCUGGCCCUCCACCCCAGAAUUGAAAUGGCGCGUGCCAGUUGCUCCGCCCUGAAGUCUCGUCCUUCUGCUCCGGAUUUUGUCCGGGAGGCAUUCGAGAGCCUUCUGGGCCGCUACCAAGCUGUGCGACGGGAGUUAGAGCGUGGUCAGCAACAGCUGGAGAAGGAACUGAAGAGCCAACCUGGACAUGCAUAUUUGGAAACAUUGAGAACACUGAAAGAUACACUGAAUGAUUCUGAAAGUAAGGCCCAGACAUCUUUGAAUGCCUUGAAUGAUCUUACAAAGGUGGAGAAGGCCCUGCAGGAAAAAAAGGCCCUUGAUGAAAUCCUUGAGAAUCAAAAACCUACAUUAUAUAAACUUGCAGAAGAAACAAAGGCUUUGGAGAAAAAUGUUUCUCCAGAUGUAGAAAAAAUGUAUAAGCAAGAAUUUGAUGAUGUUCAGGGAAAGUGGAACAAACUAAAGGUCAAGGUUUCCAAAGAUGUGCAUUUACUUGAAGAAAUUACCUCCAAACUCAGAGCUUUUGAGGCGGAUUUGAAAGUCAUUGAGAAGUGGGUGGAUGGCGUGAAAGACUUCUUAAUGAAAGAGCAGGCUGUCCAGGGAGACGCGGAAGAGCUUCAGAGUCAGCUGGACCAGUGCUCUGCCUUUGUUAAUGAAAUAGAAACAAUGGACUCGUCUCUGAAAGGCAUGAGAGAAAUAGAGGCUAACCUUCGAAGCUGUCCAGUUGCUGGGAUCAAAACCUGGAUGCAGACAAAACUAGUGGAUUACCAAACCCAACUGGAGAAACUAGGCAAGGAGAUUGCUAUUCAAAAAAAUAGAUUGUCUGAAAGUCAGGAAAAAGCAGUGAACCUGAAGAAAGACUUGGCCGAGAUGCAGGAGUGGAUGACCCAGGCAGAAGAAGAGUACCUGGAGAGGGAUUUUGAGUACAAGUCCCCUGAAGAACUCGAGAGUGCGGUGGAAGAGAUGAAGAGGGCAAAAGAGGACGUGUUGCAGAAGGAGGUGAGAGUGAAGAUUCUCAAGGACAACAUCAUGUUACUAGCUGCAAAGGCGCCCUCUGGUGGCCAGGAAUUGACAUCUGAGCUGAAUGUUGUGCUGGAGAAUUACCAACUUCUCUGUAACAGAAUUCGAGGAAAAUGCCACACGCUAGAGGAGGUGUGGUCCUGCUGGAUCGAGCUGCUUCACUAUUUGGAUCUUGAGACCAGCUGGCUGAGCACUUUGGAGGAGCGCAUGAAGAGCACAGAGGCCCUGCCCGAGAAGGCGGACGCCGUCAACGAAGCCCUGGAGUCUCUAGAAUCUGUUUUGCGACACCCAGCGGAUAAUCGCACCCAGAUUCGAGAACUUGGCCAGACUCUAAUUGAUGGAGGGAUUCUUGAUGAUAUAAUCAGUGAGAAACUGGAGGCUUUUAAUAGUCGAUAUGAAGACCUGAGUCACCUGGCAGAGAGCAAGCAGAUUGCUUUGGAAAAGCAACUCCAGGUCCUACGGGAAACUGACCACAUGCUUCAGGUCCUGCAGGAGAGCCUGGGGGAGCUGGACAAGCAGCUGACAACGUACUUGACUGAUAGGAUCGAUGCCUUCCAAGUUCCACAGGAAGCUCAGAAAAUCCAAGCAGAGAUCUCAGCCCAUGAGCUCACUCUGGAGGAGUUGAGAAGAAACACACGCUCCCAGCCUCUAACUUCCCCAGAAGGCAGGAAUGCCAGAGGAGGAAAUCAGAUGGAUGCGUUACAGAGGAAACUUCGAGAGGUGUCCACAAAGUUCCAGCUUUUCCAGAAGCCUGCUAACUUUGAGCAGCGCAUGCUUGAUUGCAAGCGUGUGUUGGAUUGUGUGAAAGCAGAACUUCAUGUUCUGGACGUGAAGGAUGUGGAUCCUGAUGUCAUACAGAGCCAUCUGGACAAGUGUAUGAAACUCUAUAAAACGUUGAGUGAAGUCAAGCUGGAAGUGGAGACUGUAAUCAAAACAGGAAGGCACAUUGUCCAAAAGCAACAAACAGACAAUCCCAAGGGGAUGGAUGAACAGCUGACUUCUCUGAAGAUUCUCUACAAUGACCUGGGUGCCCAGGUGACAGAGGGAAAACAGGACCUGGAAAGAGCAUCACAGUUGGCCCGGAAAAUGAAGCAAGAGACUGCUUCUCUCUCUGAAUGGCUUUCUGUUACUGAAGCUGAAUUGGUACAGAAAUCCACGUCUGGAGGCUUGAGUGGGGACUUGGAUAUAGAAAUCUCCUGGGCUAAAAAUAUUCUGAAGGACCUGGAAAAGAGAAAAGCUGAUUUAAAUGCCAUCACUGAGAGCAGUGCUGCCCUGAAGAACUUGAUUGAGGGCAGUGAGCCUGUUUUAGAGGAACGGCUCUGUGUGCUUAACGCUGGCUGGAGCCGAGUCCGCACGUGGACGGAGGAUUGGUGCGGUACGUUAAUGAACCAUCAGAACCAGUUGGAAAUAUUUGACGGAAAUGUUGCUCACAUAAGUACAUGGCUUUAUCAAGCUGAAGCUCUGUUGGAUGAGAUUGAAAAAAAAUCAGCUAGUAAACGGGAAGAAAUUGUGAAGCGUUUAAUAUCUGAGCUAGAUGAUGCCAACCUCCAAGUUGAAAAUGUCCGGGAUCAAGCCGUUGUUUUGAUGAAUGCCCGUGGAGGUUCAAGCAGGGAACUUGUAGAACCAAAGUUAGCUGAACUGAAUAGAAACUUUGAAAAGGUGUCUCAACAUAUCAGGAGUGCCAAGUUGCUAAUUGGCCAGGAACCAUUAUCCUACCAACGUCUGGUCACCACUGAAGCGUUUGAAGCUGAUGUACAUUUCUCUGACCUGGAAAAAUUAGAAAGUGACAUAGAGAAUAUGUUAAAAGUUGUGGAAAAACACUUAGAAUUCAGUGAUGAAGAUGAAAAGGUGGAUGAGGAGAGAGCCCAGAUUGAGGAAGUUCUACAAAGAGGUGAACAAAUGUUAUAUCAACCUAUGGAGGAUAAUAAAAAAGAAAGGAUCCGUUUGCAGUUACUACUUUUGCGCACAAGAUACAAUAAAACUAAGGCAGCCUCUAAUCACCAAAGGAGAACAGGUCAGCUUGCUCCUGGAAUUCAGUCGCCACCUCUCCCCACAGAUUAUCUAGUUGAGAUUAACAAAGUUUUACUUUCCAUGGAUGAUGCUGAAUUAUCACUCAGUGCACCCGAGCUAAGCACUGUUGCCUAUGAAGACUUCUCUUUUCAGGAAGACUCUCUGAAGAACGUCAAAGAUCAACUGGACAGACUCGGGGAGCAGAUUGCAGUUAUUCAUGAAGCACAGCCGGAUGUCAUCCUCGGAGCUUCCGGGCCUGAAGCCAUUCAGAUCCGGGAUACACUAACUCAGCUGAAUGCAAAAUGGGACAGAAUUAACAGAAUGUACAAUGAUCGUAAAGGUCAUUUUGAUAGGGCUAUGGAAGAAUGGAGACAGUUCCAUUGUGACCUUAAUGACCUCACACAGUGGAUAACAGAGGCUGAAGAGUUAUUGGCUGAAACCUUUGCUCCCGAUGGUGGCCUGGACUUGGAGAAAGCCAGCAUGCACCAGCAGGAACUCGAAGAGGGCAUCAGCAGCCACCAGCCCAGUUUUGCAGCCCUAAACAGAACCGGGGAUGAGAUUUUACAGAAACUCUCCCCCACGGAUGGAAGCUUCUUGAGAGACAAGCUGGCAGGUUUAAACCAGCGCUGGAGUGCGAUCUUUGCAGAAGUGAAGGACCGGCAGCCAAGGCUAAAAGGAGAAAGUAAGCAGGUGAUGGAAUAUAGGAAAAGACUAGAUGACAUUAUCUGUUGGUUAACAAAGGCCGAGAAUGUUUUGCAAAAGAGAUCAACCACUGAGCUGGAAGAAAACCUGCAAGAAUUAACAGACUUGACCCAGGAGAUGGAUGUACAAGCAGAAAAACUCAAAUGGUUGAAUAGAACUGAAUUGGAAAUGCUUUCAGAUAAAAGUCUGAGUUUACAUGAAAGAGAAAAAAUUUCAGAAAGCUUAAGAACUAUAAAUUCGACAUGGAAUAAGAUAUGCAGAGAAGUGCCUAGCACACUGAAGGAACGCAUCCAGGAACCUUGUUCUGUGUCUCAGACAAGAAUUGCUGCUCAUCCUGGUGUCCAAAAGGUGGUGCUAGUAUCAUCUGCAUCAGACAUUCCUGUUCAGUCUCCUCGUACUUCGGAAAUUUCAGUUCCUGCUGAUCUGGAUAAAACAAUCACGGAGCUAGCUGACUGGCUGGUCCUGAUCGACCAGAUGUUGAAGUCCAACAUUGUCACCGUCGGGGAUAUAGAAGAGAUCAAUAAGACAGUUUCCCGAAUGAAAAUCACAAAGGCUGACUUAGAACAACGCCAUCCUCAGCUUGAUUAUGUUUUUACAUUGGCACAGAAUUUGAAAAAUAAGGCUUCCAGUUCAGAUGUGAGAACAGCAAUCACAGAAAAAUUGGAAAAGGUCAAGAACCAGUGGGACAGCACUCAGCAUGGUGUCGAGUUAAGACAGCAGCAGCUGGAGGAUAUGAUUAUUGACAGUCUUCAGUGGGAUGACCACAGGGAGGAAACCGAGGAACUUAUGAGAAAAUAUGAGGCCCGAUUCUAUAUUCUCCAACAAGCCCGCAGGGAUCCGCUUAUCAAGCAGAUUUCUGAUAAUCAGGUAUUGCUUCAAGAACUAGAUCCUGGUGAUGGUAUUGUAAUGGCGUUUGAAAACGUCCUGCAGAAACUGCUGGAGGACUAUGGUAGUGAUGACGCCAGGAAUGUGAAAGAAACCACUGAGUACUUAAAAACAUCAUGGAUCAACCUCAAACAAAGCAUUGCUGACAGACAGAGUGCCUUGGAAGCGGAGUUGAGGACAGUGCAGGCCUCUCGCCAGGAUCUGGAGAACUUCCUAAAGUGGAUACAAGAAGCGGAAACCACAGUUAACGUGCUUGCGGACGCCUCUCAGCGGGAGAAUGCUCUUCAGGACACUGUGCUGGCCAGGGAGCUCACACAGCAGCUGCAGGACAUCCAGGCCGAAAUUGAUGCACAUAACGACAUAUUUAAAAGCAUUGAUGGAAACAGGCAGAAGAUGGUAAAAGCUUUGGGAAAUUCUGAAGAGGCAACUAUGCUUCAGCAUCGCCUGGAUGAUAUGAACCAAAGAUGGAAUGACUUAAAAGCCAAAUCUGCCAGCAUCAGGGCCCAUUUGGAGGCCAGUGCAGAGAAGUGGAACAGGUUGCUGACGUCUUUAGAAGAACUUAUCAAAUGGCUGAAUAUUAAAGAUGAAGAGCUUCAAAAGCAAAUGCCCAUUGGAGGGGAUGUCCCAGCCUUACAGCUCCAAUAUGAUCACUGUAAAGCCCUGAAACGAGAGUUAAAGGAGAAAGAGUAUUCUGUUCUGAAUGCUAUCGACCAAGCUCGGGUUUUCCUGGCUGAUCAGCCAAUUGAGGCCCCCGAAGAACCAAGAAGAAACCUACAAUCAAAAACAGAAUUGACUCCUGAGGAGAAAGCCCAAAAGAUCGCCAAGGCCAUGCGCAAACAGUCCUCUGAAGUCAAAGAGAAGUGGGAAAGUCUAAACACGGUCACCAGCAAUUGGCAAAAGCAAGUGGACAAAGCACUGGAGAAGCUCAGAGACCUGCAGGGCGCCAUGGAUGACCUGGAUGUUGACAUGAAGGAGGUGGAGGCCGUGCGCAAUGGCUGGAAACCCGUGGGAGACUUACUCAUCGACUCCCUGCAGGACCACAUCGAAAAAACCAUGGCAUUUAGAGAAGAAAUUGCACCAAUCAACCUAAAAGUUAAAACAGUGAAUGAUUUGUCCAGUCAGCUGUCUCCACUUGACCUGCAUCCAUCUCUGAAGAUGUCUCGCCAGCUAGAUGACCUUAAUAUGCGAUGGAAACUUCUGCAGGUUUCUGUAGAUGAUCGCCUUAAACAGCUUCAGGAAGCCCAUAGAGACUUUGGACCAUCCUCCCAGCAUUUUCUUUCUACUUCAGUCCAGCUGCCAUGGCAGAGAUCCAUUUCACAUAAUAAAGUGCCCUAUUACAUCAACCAUCAAACACAGACAACCUGUUGGGAUCAUCCUAAAAUGACUGAACUCUUUCAGUCCCUUGCUGACCUGAAUAAUGUACGUUUCUCUGCCUACCGCACAGCCAUCAAAAUCCGAAGACUACAAAAAGCACUGUGUUUGGAUCUCUUAGAACUGAACACAACAAAUGAAGUUUUCAAGCAGCAUAAACUGAACCAAAAUGAUCAGCUGCUUAGCGUUCCAGAUGUCAUCAACUGUCUGACGACAACCUACGACGGCCUUGAACAAAUGCACAAGGAUCUGGUCAACGUUCCGCUCUGUGUGGAUAUGUGUCUCAACUGGUUGCUCAAUGUAUAUGACACGGGUCGAACUGGAAAAAUAAGAGUGCAGAGUCUGAAGAUUGGAUUGAUGUCUCUCUCCAAAGGUCUCUUAGAAGAAAAAUACAGAUAUCUCUUUAAGGAAGUGGCGGGGCCCACAGAAAUGUGUGACCAGAGGCAGCUUGGCCUGUUACUUCAUGAUGCCAUCCAGAUUCCCCGGCAGCUAGGGGAAGUAGCAGCGUUCGGGGGCAGUAAUAUCGAACCCAGUGUUCGCAGCUGCUUCCAACAGAAUAACAAUAAGCCAGAGAUAAGUGUGAAAGAGUUUAUAGACUGGAUGCGUCUGGAACCACAGUCCAUGGUUUGGCUGCCUGUUUUACAUCGAGUGGCAGCGGCCGAGACUGCAAAGCACCAGGCUAAAUGUAACAUCUGUAAGGAAUGUCCCAUUGUUGGGUUCAGGUAUAGAAGCCUAAAGCAUUUUAACUAUGAUGUCUGCCAGAGUUGCUUUUUUUCGGGUCGAACGGCAAAAGGUCACAAAUUACAUUACCCAAUGGUGGAAUAUUGUAUACCUACAACAUCUGGGGAAGACGUACGAGACUUCACAAAGGUGCUGAAGAAUAAGUUCAGAUCAAAGAAAUACUUUGCCAAACAUCCUCGGCUUGGCUACCUGCCUGUCCAGACAGUUCUCGAAGGUGACAACUUAGAGACUCCUGUCACACUGAUCAGCAUGUGGCCGGAGCACUAUGACCCCUCACAGUCUCCUCAGCUGUUUCAUGAUGACACCCAUUCCAGAAUUGAACAGUAUGCCACACGGCUGGCCCAGAUGGAAAGGACUAAUGGAUCUUUCCUCACUGAUAGCAGCUCUACCACAGGAAGUGUGGAGGAUGAACAUGCCCUCAUCCAACAGUACUGUCAGACGCUCGGAGGGGAGUCCCCGGUCAGCCAGCCCCAGAGUCCUGCUCAGAUCUUGAAGUCGGUAGAACGGGAAGAACGUGGAGAAUUGGAACGGAUCAUUGCCGACUUGGAGGAAGAACAAAGAAACUUGCAGGUGGAGUAUGAGCAGCUGAAGGAGCAGCACCUGAGAAGGGGGCUCCCCGUCGGGUCACCUCCGGACACUGUCGUGUCUCCUCACCACGCAUCUGAGGACUCAGAACUCAUAGCAGAAGCAAAACUCCUCCGGCAGCACAAAGGUCGGCUGGAGGCUAGGAUGCAGAUUUUAGAAGAUCACAAUAAGCAGCUUGAAUCUCAACUCCACCGCCUUCGCCAGCUGCUGGAGCAGCCUGAACCUGAUCCCCGAAUCAACGGCGUCUCCCCCUGGGCUUCGCCUCAGCAGGCUGCCCUGAGCUACUCCUUGGAUCCCGACCCUGGCCCUCAGUUCCACCAAGCAGCAGCGGAGGACCUGCUGGCUCCCCCACAGGACACUGGCACGGACCUCACGGAGUUUAUGGAGCAGAUCAACAGUACUUUUCCAUCUUGCUGCCCCAAUGUCCCCAGCAGGCCACAGGCAAUGUGAAAUAUCCAUCUAGCCAACCAACAUUUCCUGACUGCCAGUGUUGCCCUUUUCAGCAAAUGCCAAUUCCAAGUUCCAUUGAAUCAGAACUCCAUGGCUCCUUGACACAUGCUGUUGAGCGCUGACUGUGUGUUCUACUGAAGGAGUAAAACACUGACUAUCCAAAGAGAAAAGGAUAUUUUGUUUUUAUAAUAAUCAUAUAUUAUUGUUUAUUGCUUUCUUCUUCCCUUUCUAUGCAACUGUAAAUUAAUGAACAGAGUGGUAUUUGGAAAUGGUAAUACAUUUGUCACUGAUUUGUAUACUGUAUACAGCAUUGGGAAAAUGGGUGGGGGCUUUCUAAUAUGAUACUUCUUUUUAAUAACCAUGACAAAAAUUGCAUAAGAAUGAGAAAACAAUGUUACAUUUUUACAUUCCUUCAUAUUAACCUUGUACAAUAACUUCAUUUAUUUUUUCCAUUCCUUUACCAUUACGUUUUGGUUAUUUAUAAUUUAUCAGCCACAUGACCAAAUGGAUUUCCUUGUGUCUGUUUCCAUGAUUUGGCCAAAUUACUAAAUUCAUGUAUUUCAAUCAAAUAUUUAUGUGUAUGAUUUAGGCCACAUCUUUGUGUAUGCCACUGAACUUUAUUUAGACAUCAUAUACUUCACUUCUUUAGUGACCACUUGGAUAACCACAGUAAAAGCCCUGUGGGGACUCCCUGGCAUUCCCAUUGGGAUUUGUUUCCUGCAUUUUAUUUCCCUGCCCUAUGUAAGUAGGUCUUGAUUUCUUAAUUUAUUUCAUGUCCCAGUCUAUAUGAUAGAGGAGACUCAAAGCAGGAUUCUAAUAAUCUCAAAGAUCAUUUCACCAAAGGUUACCCAUUUACAUAAUCAUUUUCAUUUUGACAUAGAAACAAAACAUGGGAUAACUUUUUUUUUCAUUGCGAAGUCUUGAUUUUCAUCAUUAAAUACACAGCAGACCUUUCCUUCAUUGUGCUACCAGGACACAUCUUUGUCUUCAAUUCCCUUUUAAGAGAACUUUAUUUUUGUUUACAUAUACUCAAGUCAUUUGUAAUUCUUGAAAUUCCCAGUCAUUUUCUUUCUGACAGCAGACACAAAUUUAAUGCAUAUUUCAUUUUACCUUUCGGGUGAAUGAUUACAUUUUUUUAUUACUUUUCAUUUGACCAAUUUAUUUGGAAGGGAUGUUUAUCAAAAACCUAUGUCACUGCUUCCACAGAGGAAUAAAAUUAAUACUUAGAUGGUGGUACCCCUGCCUGUACCUUUGAGUACAUUCACUUAGGUGUUUCAUUCAACUUCUGAUUUAACCUUUAAUUGAUUCAGUUGAAACAUGUUAUGUAAUCACCAAAUGUAGAGAAACCAAAACAAACAAACAAACAAACAAACAGUGAAAAUAAUGUGUUUUGAUUCAGCAUUCAUACAUUUAAAACAUCAGGACAUUUUAACUUUGGGUUCUCUUGACCUGGGAUUUGGCCAGAAGGAGGCUUAAAGUUAGAAAUUGCUAUUCUUUUAGAAUAGGUUGGGUGGGUUGGGGGCAAGGGUGUCUAUUUGCAGCCUAGAUAUUUUGAGAAGAAAAUUGUUUUCUAUAAGAGGAAAGCCAUGACCACCUUUCUACCUCAGAUCCAUCUUCAUCCAUCGUGUUGGAAAUAGCUUUAUGCUGCUGCAGUCCGCAAAAUCUAGAGCUUUUCUCAGACCACAUCAAACCCAAGAAAAGCACCUAUUUAAAGAAAAAAAAUUUCCCUGAACUCUGAACUACAAGUUGUAGAUUUGGUGUCUUCCUUGUUCUUACUUUGAAAAAAUACGUAUUCAUUUUUUUCUGCUUGUAAUGGUGUGCAACAUGUCUUCUCUCUGCUAUUAAAGAAAAGCUACAGAAAACACUACAUUGUAACCUAAGUAAUAAUAAAAAAAUAUAUCACAAUAACAACAAGGGGAAAUAAGUAUGUAGUUCUUUUGAAAUAUGUGGUAAAGAACUAAUCAUAGACUAUCAUCUAAUCUGGUUACAUGUUGUAUUUUUCAUCCUGAAUAAAAGUAAUUUUAACACAAGA